GGCGCGCGCUGAUGACGUGUGGAGGCGGUGCCGCGGCGCGGCCGGAGCGGGCCCAGGUUGGAURUAGAGUCUGAACUUCUUCCAGGUGUCCCUUUAAAACAUUUCUUAUUUCUCCACCUGUUUCUUCUGAUGGAAGACCGGCUGGGGUUCCUUUAUUGCUGUUCAUGCUGAAUAGUUGUUUGGAGAGGUGGUGUGUGAGUGGAGAUACACCUGGUGAUGAUUCAAAUGUGGGAAUUGCCCCAGAUGUGGUUGCUGCUGAUGCUCCCCUGGGAACAUGCCUUGAUAGGGAAUUAACACCAGUCAGUGAUGGGCUGUGGGACAAGCAAAGUGCUUCCCGAGCCCCCCAAAGAUGUGCAGCUAGACCUGGUUAAAAAAGUCGAGCCUUACACAGGCCACAGUGACAUCUACAAGCAUUUCAUCAAAGAUGACUGCGGGGCCGUCAUCAAAGCUGGCUCUCCCUCUCCUCCUCAUCACACCAACCCCUAUCCCGGGAACCCCCUGCCCGCCCACCAGCCCGAGCCCCGCAAGAACAAAGUGGCCAAAUACCGCGCCAAGUUUGACCCCCGAGUGACGGCCAAGUACGACAUCAAAGCGCUGAUCGGGCGGGGCAGCUUCAGCCGCGUGGUGCGCGUGGAGCACAAGGCCACCAAGCAGCCCUACGCCAUCAAGAUGAUCGAGACCAAGUACCGGGAGGGGCGGGAGGUGUGUGAAUCAGAGCUGAGCGUCCUGCGGCGCGUCCGCCACACCAACAUCAUCCAGCUCAUCGAGGUGUUCGAGACCCAGGACCGCGUGUACAUGGUGAUGGAGCUGGCCACCGGCGGCGAGCUCUUCGACCGCAUCAUCGCCAAAGGCUCCUUCACCGAGAGGGACGCCACGCGCGUGCUGCAGAUGGUGCUGGAUGGGGUGAGGUACCUGCACACCCUGGGCAUCACCCACCGCGACUUGAAGCCGGARAACCUGCUGUACUACCACCCGGGAACAGACUCCAAAAUCAUGAUCACGGAUUUCGGGCUGGCGAGCGCGCGGAAGAAGGGAGAUGACUGCCUGAUGAAAACCACGUGUGGCACCCCSGAGUACAUUGCUCCUGAGAUCCUGGUCAGGAAGCCCUACACGAACUCCGUGGACAUGUGGGCGCUGGGGGUGAUCUCGUACAUUCUCCUCAGCGGCACGAUGCCCUUUGAGGAUGACAACCGCACCCGCCUGUACCGGCAGAUCCUGAAGGGAAAGUACAGUUACUCAGGCGAGCCCUGGCCCAGCGUGUCCAACCUGGCCAAGGAUUUCAUCGACCGUCUGCUCACGGUGGACCCCAGUGACAGGAUGACGGCCCUCCAGGCCCUGAAGCACCCGUGGGUGGUCAGCAUGGCAGCCUCCUCCUCCAUGAAGAACCUGCACCGUUCCAUCUCGCARAACCUUCUCAAGAGGGCAUCCUCCCGCUGCCAGAGCACCAAGUCAGCGCAAUCCACCCGCUCCAGCCGCUCCACCAAAUCCAACAAAUCGCGGCGCGUGCGGGAGCGGGAGCUGCGGGAGCUCAACCUGCGCUACCAGCAGCAGUACACGGGCUGAGCUCCACGCUGGCACCCAGUGGGCACCCUGCCAGAGGUCUGCUCUGUGCUGGAGGUGUGCACACACUCAGUGAGGAACRGCCCAGUUCCUCCCUCCAGGCGUUCCCCCCAUCCACGAGGAGGUGUCCCCCACCCCGUGUGGAGGAAAGGGAACGUUGUGCUGGCUGUCCCACCCUGUGAGCUGUGCCACGGGGUCUCGUGCCAGAAACAGGGGAGGCCCUGUGGGCUCGGAGCAUAGCUCAGAGCCUCAAGGAAUGCACAAAUUAAGGAGCCACGUGGGGAGAAGAGCUCUUUCUGUAGCCCAGGAGCUUGGUUGUUCAUAGYUAUUUAUUAAUUCCAGAGCGUUUCCUUUCUCUCACUUGUGUACAGAAAGAGAAGAAAUCACUCGGUGUGUCUGUGCGUGCACGUCCAUGCGUGCACAUACAUGUGUGGGGGUGUAUAUGUAUUUAAAAAUUAUGUAUACACAGAUUCUGAGCGGGUUUAGUCAGACUCAGUGGUGCCUUUGCAGCAAAGCUGGAGUGAGUCAUGUGCGGUUGGAAGCAGGAUAGCUCUGACUCACGGUGUGCUGCCCACCAGCUCCUCGCCAAAGAGAUGCCAGACAGCAGUUUUCCAUGAGGGCUGGGAAGCUGUGAGGUUUCCCCCAAGGGCUGCCAUCCUCCUGAUGACGCCAAGGGCUCACUUUCCUGAUGACAUCAAGGGUUUACCCCUGGAAUUGUCCUUUCCCUGUUCUCAGCAAGCCCAGUGCCUGCCGUGCAGGGUUUGUAGUUCUUGUGGCUCUGUUAUGUCUGUGACCUGUUACACACCUUGCGUCCUUCAAAAAAAAAUUCAGAAGCUUGAGUUUACUGUGCUAAGGGGGGGAGAAAAAAGGAGGGGAAAAAUUUUUAGGGAUGUGCUUUGCAUCCCAGAACUAGGAUGGGCUAUAACCACUGUAAGCACAGCAUUACUGACCAUGUCACUGCACCAGAAUUUUGGUGGUUCCAGGCUCCUCCCCGUGUGCAGAUGUGACAGGCUCCCCUGCCUGUGCUGCUCCAGAACUGCCAUCCCUGCUUUGGGGUGGGGAAGUGGUGGUGGGAGCUGUUGGGAUGGCCACAAAUGGCUCCAUAGCAUCAGGGUAGGGCUUGAGAAGCRGAUCCCAGUCUGGGAGUGUCAGCAGUGACAAUACUCUGGAGACAUUGCACAAAUGCCCCAGAGCUGUGAGGGGUGACUUAGGUUCACCAAGUAARAGCUGCSUUUCAGGUCUCCUCUGCUGGGUAGGUGAUGAUGGGGGCUGCUUACAAAGGACCCUCAGGGGAGGUGGGGGCUGCAGAGUWGAGCUUUGUGCAAGCCUGCUCACAGAUCUUCCCAGCUAGUUAGAGCAGCCAAGUGGGGCUGAUGGCACAGGCACAGGAUCGAUUUGGCUUCUCAUAGUAACAGUGGCAAGAUCAGCAGAGAAGGAAAAUGCUAGGGUUUGAAACUUUUCUCAUGAAGCCACACGAUUUGCUUUGUGCUGUGCAUUGGGAAGGGCUUGCUUGGCUCUGGGCUCAAGGGGCUGGUGAGCUUGGCCUUUUCCCAGGAUUGAUGCCUAUGCCACUGUAUUUUAGUGUCAGCAGGACUGAAGUGAUCGGUCACAUCUCCAGGGAGCUCUCACUGUGGCCACAGUCCCUCCUGGUCAGCAAACAGCAAAGCAGCUUCAGUGGAAGAAGUUUUCUGUGCUAAGGGAAAAAAAGGGGGAUUUCUGGGGAUGUGCUUCCCACCUGAAAGCUGGGAUGGGCUGUAACUACAAGAAGCUCAGCCUGGUGUGCCCAAGCAUGUGGUGAGGAAUACAGCAGAGGGAACCUGAGGACAGCCAUUGUGUGUAGCAGGGGUGCUUUUGAAAUCCUUUGCAUGGUUUUGCAUGUUAUUUUGAAAACUGCAUCCUUUGCAGGCWGCCCUUUCUCUGAGCAUCCAUCCUACCAUGUCACACACAGUCUUUCUUCCAUCAGAAUUAACAGAUAGUGCAGAAUUCCCCAAAACUGUUGUUUUUCUCAACUCCGUGGACUGCAAGCAAAAAUGUCUUCUCCAUCUUUUACCUCCUCACAUUGUUUUCCCUAGUUUGUAACCAUGAGCUAUAAACUAGGUGUGAUUUUUGACAAAGCAGGCAGCUUGCCACGUUUUGCUUCUUGAACAGCUCAGUGUCCCUUUUAGUUACUGCAAACARCUCUCCAAAGCAGGAGCCCCUCUUAGACCAGUAUCAACUGGACCGUGGUGACCCUGCAGGUCAGGUGGUUGGCAGGAGGCUCCCUUGGAGUCCUUCUGGUUCUGAGCCAUUACUUGAAGAGUCUUUGGUGUGUUUGGAGCAUCACUCCAGGCACUGUGAUUGCUUUUACCUCCUGGCUGCUCCCAUGGCCCUCCCCAGAUUAUCCUGCAUGUUUAUUCAUUUUAUGGAUGUUUUGCCUGUGUGAGGGGGUCAAACUGAUGAACUGAGCCAAGACCUCUACAAUUGAGACCCUUCCCCUUAACCACUAGACCAGAUGUCUGUCCAUGCUAUUCCUUCAUCUUUCUCUUGUGGGAUGAGUGAUAUAAAAGGCUCUGGGCUAACCAGGCUUGUUUCUCCACCUUCACAAAGCAAAACGAGAWUUUCCUCAUUUGUGACAACUUUUGCC